AGGGAUUACAGGUGUGAGCCACUGUGCCUGGCAAAUUUAGAUUUAUGUGACAGGUGAAGACAUCAUAAAUCAGCAUCUAUGGGAGGAGACCGUGGUAAAUAGCCCCCCGACGGCAAGUCAGUUUCACUUCUGCUGUGUAAACGUGGCUUUGCGAUUGUGGCCCCGAAGGGCUACGUACCCCAGCUGGUUUGAAAUACCUGAACUAAGGAGAAGCUGCCAUCAUCUCCUUUGUGGACUCCUGUUACCAACGCAGAACUUUGUCUUCUUCUGUUCAGUGACAUUUGGCUGGUUCUCCUAAGGGGAGAAGAGCAGGUGUUCACGUAACAAGGCAUGGCAGAAACGAAGGAUGUUUUCAGCCAGGAACCACAUCCAGUUGAAGAUGAUUUAUUUGAAGAACAAAUGAGAAAAAGAAGGAAAUCAGAUCGAGACCAGCGGUUCCGAGCGUUUCCCUCCGUGGAGCAGAGCUCCCUUAAGGAAUAUGAAAAACUGGAAUCACGGACCAGAAGGGUUUUGAGCAACACUUACCAGAAACUUAUUCAGUCGGUUUUCCUGGAUGACAGUGUCCCUAAUGGAGUCAAGUAUCUCAUAAAUAGGCUCCUUGCCUUGAUUGAAAAGCCGACAGUGGACCCAAUCUACAUUGGGUUGUUUGGAAGCACCGGGGCUGGGAAGAGCUCCCUGAUCAAUGCCAUCAUCCAGCAAGCAAUGUUUCUACCAGUGUCUGGAGAAAGCAUAUGUACUUCCUGCGUUGUACAAGUGAGCUCCGGCUGCUGUGUACAGUAUGAGGCCAAAAUCCAUCUUCUCUCUGACCAAGAGUGGAGGGAGGAGCUGAAGAACCUGACUAAACUCCUGCACAGGAUGGAGGAGCUGGGUGGAGAGGAGACGGAUGCGUGGAACAGGGAUGAGGCAGCGGAGGAAGCCACCUGGAAGCUACAGAUGAUUUAUGGAAACGGGGCGGAAAGUAAGAACUAUGAGGAGUUACUGAAGGCGAAGCCCAAAGGGAAGAUCCCCACCUGCAGAAUCAUCACCCUCAAGGCGGAAGAGGCAGAAGAGCUGUCCAUCAAGCUGGACCCCUACAUCCGCAUGCAGAGGAGAGACUGGGAUGAAGAGGCCGCUGAGAUGCACAUCUGGCCCUUGAUCAAACAUGUGGAAGUGACUCUUCCCAAAUCCGACCUGAUCCCAGAAGGGGUCGUGCUGGUGGACAUCCCAGGUACAGGCGAUUUCAACAGCAAGAGGGACGAGAUGUGGAAAAAGACCAUUGACAAGUGCUCGGUGAUCUGGGUGUUGAGUGAUGUAGAGCGAGUUUCUGGGGGGCGAGCCCACGAAGACCUUCUGAAUGAGAGCAUCAAAGCCUGCCAGCGGGGCUUCUGUAGGGAUGUGGCCCUGGUGGUCACCAAGACGGACAAACUCCACUUGCCAGAAUACCUAAGGGAAAGAAAGGCGGGAAAUCAAGCCAUUCAGAGUCCGCGAGAGGCUGUUUUAGAAAGAAAUGAAAUGAUAAAACUACAGAGGACUAGAAUUCUCAAGGAAAAACUGGAGAGAAAACUGACAUCUCUGCCUCACAGCCCUUCACGGAUCUGAAAACACAGCCACGCCCCCUUGUGUAGUUUCUUCUCUGGGUUAAGCACUGUACUCUGCUGUUAGUCUCUGGACCCUUCACCACCCUACUCACCCUGGUGGGCUCCUUCUAAGUUUUGACUAAAUCUUUCAGAAGCACCUGGAACUGAACAUACUACACCAACUGUGAGCUCAGUAGCCUCAAUUUUUCUGCUCACGCUUCUUCUACGAACACAGCUUAAGAAAUGCAAGUUGAGUAUCUGAAUCUGAAAAUCCAAAAUCUGAAAUGCUCCAGAAUUGGAAACUUUUUGAGUGUCCACAUGACACUGAAAAGAAAUGCUUAUUGCAGCAAGUAGGAAUUAGAAUUUUCAAAUUAGGGAUGCUAGCUGGAAUCUGAAAAAAUCUGAAAUCCAGGCCGGGCAUGGUGGUUCAAGCCUGCAAUCCCAGCACUUUGGGAGGCAGAGGCGGGAGGACUGUUUGAGUCCAGCAGUCUGAGACUGGCCUGAGCAUCAUAGCAAGACCCCGUCU